AUGCACAGCGGCGCCUCCUCGCUUAUCCGGAGGUCAAACAUCCUUCUGCCUCGGGCAUCCGGAUCGGCGCCGGACCCGGAAGUGAACGCUUGGGGAAAAAAAAAAAUAAAUAAAAAAGGGAAGCGUCUCUCCAGCGGCGGCCGCCCCUUGAGCUGCCCGCAUCAGCGAAAAGAGCCGAGUACAGCCGAAGGUUACACCGACUUGCUCAGAUUGGUCGGCUUGCCGACCGGAAGAAAAGCAGCUUGUUCAUUGGCUGGAAAGGCCUAUAAAAGCCAAGCCACGCCUCCCUCCCCACCUCCGCACCCGUGGUGCGUGUAG